CCUCACACCUGCCUUGCUCCCACCACACCACACAUCAUGGCCCGCUCCUUCGCCGACGCUGCUGCGUCCACCGCCUCUCCCAGCGCCGCCGCCAAGGGCAAGGGCAAGGCCUCGGCGCGCGAGGCGCUUCUCGGCGCUGCUGCCGCCUCGCCCGCCACGGCAUCCACCUCCACGCCUGCUGCGCGCCCGCCGCUCGGCGCCGAGGACUCUGACGAUGACGACGCCGCGGCGGAUGCGGCCGCCGGCGAGGACAUGGAGAUGGACGACGACGAUGCGCUGCUCAUUGGCGCCUCGGGCGGCGCACGGCCGGGCAUCGAGGGCAGCGCAGCCGCGGGGCCGUCGUCGGGCAGCGGCGACGCCGCGCCCAUGUCGCUCGACCCCGCCGGCAAGCCGAGCUUUGCGCCGCUGAGCCGUGCGCAGCAGCAGGCCGCCGCCGACGCCGGCGCCGUGACGCGCGGGCAGCUGCGCAAGAUUGCCAUUCCGCCGCACCGCAUGACGCCGCUGAAGAACGAGUGGGCCAAGAUCUACACGCCGCUCGUCGAGAUGGCCGGCCUGCAGGUGCGCAUGAACGUGCAGCGCCGCGCCGUCGAGAUCCGCUCGUCGAAGCACACGGGCGACGUCGGCAUGCUGCAGAAGGGCGCGGACUUCGUCAAGGCCUUCGCGCUGGGCUUCGAGGCGGACGACGCCAUCGCGCUGCUGCGCAUGGACGACCUCUUCGUCGACACGUUUGAGAUCAAGGACGUCAAGACGCUGCACGGCGACCACCUGAGCCGCGCCAUUGGGCGCAUUGCCGGCAAGGACGGGCGCACGCGCUUCGCGAUUGAGAAUGCUAGCCGCACGCGCGUGGUGCUCGCCGAUACCAAGAUCCACAUCCUCGGCAGCUUCCAGAACAUCAAGAUUGCGCGCGACGCCGUCGUGUCGCUGAUCAUGGGUGCGCCGCCGGGCAAGGUGUACGCCAAGCUCAAGACGAUUGGCGCGCGCCAGCGCCAGCGCGCCUGAGGCACAUGCGUGCUGUCUCUCGUUCCUCAUCCCUCUCUGCUCCUGGUCUCACUCGUCACGUCCUUCCCGUUGUCUAUCUGCUGCAUUUGAUCCGCUUCACGACCUC